ACCAACGGAACCGAUAAUCACUCUUGGAUUAGACUUUCUUUACCCUACCACAGCUAGUAGUAGCACGGUAGCAUCCCCUCUUCCCUAAACGGCGACAUCCUACACCUGCCGAUCUCCCACCUUCCUUUCACGCUUGACAAGUAUAAAUCACAACACCACCACCCCCAUUUCCCACGCCCCCAAUGUCCCCUACCAACAUGUUUACCAUCUCCCUCGCCCCUCACCAGCCUUAUACCCUCUCAUACCACCUUUCCACCCCGUCCAACAAGGUGGCAGAGACCAUCGACCCGGCGUACCCUACCAUCAUGUUUUGUCAUCCGCCUUGGAUUGACGGGUACAUCUUUUAUCCGCAAUUCGAAGAACCAGAGCUGCAUGAGAAUUACAAUCUGCUCGCUAUCGACUUGCCCGGCCACGGUUCGAGCCAUGUCGAUUCUGCGCCUGCUGCGAGGUAUGAAUGGCACCGCGCGGCUGAGACCAUCUACUUCGCCCUCGAAGCGCUGAAUGUCGCACCAGUCCAUGUCGUCGGGGUUGGUUCCGGCUGCUACAGUGCCCUGCGCCUCGCCCUCGCUCACCCAGAAGCUUGUGAAAGCCUGGCACUAGUGGGGCCUCUGACAGAGCACGAACCUGACGCUGUAGUUGAAGCCUUCAAAGAAUGGAUCGACUCGCUCAAGACGGCAGUGGCCGAGAAAGACAAGGAAGCGAUCUAUGCGCUCAAUAAGUUUGCGAUCGACUUUUUGACGGAUCAGGAGGGGAAUCCUGUGAUUGCGGAUUGGGCGGAAGAGUAUGGGCAGAUGGUGGAGGCGAGGCUGGACUCUGGCGAGAUGGAGUUUGCGUUACCGUAUUACUGUGAUUUGUUGGAGGCGAGGAAUGAGCUGCCUACGCAAAAAGAGAUGGAACAGCUCUUGUGUCCUCUUUUGGUCAUCGAACAAUCCUUUAUUGAAAAUCCUACGCCUCCUGCCAAUAUAUACACCAAGGCUCUCGACGCUAUCAACGCAAGAAAGUUCCGCGAGGGGAGGGCCUGUUCGGCCAGCCGUCUGUUAAUUGAAGGUACCACCCCUUCCAGGUGGAUGUCGCUGGCCUAUCAAGAGCCUGUCAACCUCGCCCUCGCCGAGUUCAUCAGCACCAAAACCACCCUCUCUCUCCCUCCUUCCCCAGCCACCCCCUCCGUCGCGCGUCGGCCCAGUACCCCGCGGGACAUUACAGGUUUCUUCAUCCCGCCUCCUCCCAAGCUCGCCCCGGGCAGAAAGACGUUGGGCGAGAUGAUGGAUGAGCUGGAGAAGAGAGGGGAAGGGGUGAAUGUUGAGGUGGAGGUGUUGGUGCAGAUCGGAGAGUAGGGUGCAAUGGGGAAAGUGCGGUGAAAAAUUAGAAAUCAAGUUGUCUCCAUAUAUCUUUUGGGUUUUCUGGUCAGUGUUAGUGUCAUGUCUCACAAAACGAAGAAAUGUAUCGGCUCUCAUAAAGUAUGGUUACUAUCCCGUACUCUGCCUCAUGGGCAGGCAACAGCAACACAUCCUUGGAGUGGUUGAGUGAAGUGGAGGUCAUGUGAUGGUACCUUGUCGCCACUCUCCUCUUUCCUGUCAUGUGUACCCUGUUUCGGCG